AUGGAUUUCCUGGAGGCAGAGGGUGGCUGGAGCCUGUCCUUUGCAGGCGCCGGCUUCUUGGGCCUCUACCACGUGGGCGCCACCCAAUGUCUUCACCAGCGCGCACCACGCAUCCUCCAGGGCGCCCGCCGCUUUUAUGGAUCCUCCUCAGGAGCACUCAACGCUGUGUGCAUUAUCACCAGCAAGUCAGCAGAUUUCUGCUGCUCCAAUCUCCUCGGCAUGGUGAAGCAAGUGGAGCGUCUGAGCCUGGGCAUCUUCCACCCGGCCUAUGACCCCAUUGAGCACAUCAGGAAAAAGCUGGAGGACAUCCUACCUGAGAAUUGCCACAUCCUGGCCUCCCAAAGGCUGGGCAUCUCCAUAACCCGAUGGUAUGAUGGCCAGAACAUCAUAGUUACUGACUUUGCCACUCGGAAUGAACUCAUCCAGGCUUUGAUCUGCUCCUUGUAUUUCCCCAUGUAUUGUGGGACAAUCCCUCCGGAGUUCAGAGGGGAGCGCUACAUUGAUGGAGCCCUGAGCAACAACCUGCCCUUCUCCGACUCUCCCACCACCAUCACCAUCUCUCCCUUCCAUGGGACGGUGGACAUCUGUCCCCAGAGCAGUUCGGGCAGUCUGUACGAGCUGACCGCUUUCAAUGCCAGUUUCCAGAUCUCUACCAGGAACUUCUUUCAGGGCAUCAUAUCCCUGAUCCCCCCCAAGCCUGAGGUGGUGGCUGACUACUGCAGACAAGGUUAUCUGGAUGCCCUGAGGUUCCUGGAGAGACGGGGACUCACCAAGGAGCCAGUGCUGUGGUCACUGGUGUCUAAGGAGCCUCCAGAACUCAUUGAGGAGCCUGGGAGUGCUGACCAUGACCAGGGCCAGAAGCUUAGGCUGACCAUCAGGUGGGACAUCCCCAAUGUGCUGGUCAAGGAUGUGUCCAACUUUGAACUGCUGUCACCGGAAUUGGAGGCUGCACUGAGGAAGGCUUGCAGGCGGGACUUCUGGGCUCGAUUACAGUGCUCUGUGCCAGGGAGAGCACUGACCUACCUCCUACUGCCCUGCACGCUGCCUUUCGAGUAUGUCUACUUCCGGAGCAGGAGGCUGCUGCUGUGGCUGCCUGAAAUGCCAGCCGACUUGUGCUGGGUGCAGGGUCUCCUGAAGAGUACAGCCCUUGAAGUCUACUCCAUGGCAAAGACACAGCUCCUCAGGCUGGGCAGCCUACCUGUCACAAGCACAGACUCUGGUCUCCUCCAGCCCAGGACAGAUGCGUCUGACAACCAGGCCUUGAACCCCAGACUUGCUGAUCGUGCAAUGGGCUAGGCCAACCACAUAUGUGACCUCCCUGGACCCUGUCCUUGCCUCAUCUGGUGUGCUCAUGCCUUUCUGUGGUUCUUUCCCCAGGAGCUCUGAGUCUAGAUCAGGGAAAUUGCUGAGUUAUUGGCAAAAAUACCUGGUCUCCUGCCCAUGCUAGGCCCUGUGUUUCUUGUGUGGGCAGGUGGCUUCUUGGAGGGGUCAAGAGCCCUCUGCAACUGCUUCUGAGGCCUUUACCCCAGGGUCUUUCUGGAUGUCUCCAGGCUACUGUGUGCCCAGGCCACUGCCUUCUUCCUUCCCAUUUUGUCAGGGGAGAAAAGACAGAACAAACUGACAUGUCUCAGUACUGGAUCUCCAUGUGGGGGACACAGAAGGCACAGGUGUCCAACAGAGGUGUGUUCCACAUUGUGCAGAGAGCACUAACACUAGGAAAGACUGGAACUGGUACCCCAAGACCCAGCUCAUGGUAAUGACUGCUCUGACAGGGCUUGCCUACCUCCUAUUUCUGGUCUGC